UUUGAUCCCUAUGCCUAUUAUCCAUCACAAUCAGAGUAUGAACUACAUACCGGCGAUCCUCGUCAGGAUUUGGAAUACGAGAGGCAGUACCAGCAGUCCACCUACAUUGUGCCUGAAGUGAUCAAGAACUUCUUGGUCUACUUCCAGAAAUGCGUGCAUGAGCAGAACCUCUUUGAAAUACAGAAUGCUUAUGAGAAUGGUUUCAACAAGCUAACUGACAGGUUCUUCAAGAACUCGGCCUGGCCAGAGGCAGAGAUUAUAGCCCCUGUGGUUGGAGACGACCCUGUCUUCCUGAUCUUAUACAGAGAGUUAUACUACAGACACAUAUAUGCCAGAGUUGCAACAGGGCCAACACAGGAGCAGAGAUUUGAAUCCUACUACAACUACUGCAACCUUUUCAAUUACAUUCUUAGUGCAGAGAGCCCAGUGCCCCUAGAGCUACCUAACCAGUGGCUGUGGGACAUCAUUGAUGAGUUUAUCUACCAGUUCCAGUCAUUUAGUCAGUACAGGUGCAAACUUGGCAAGAAGUCUGAGGAUGAGGUGGAGCAUUUGAGGAGGAACCCUAAGAUCUGGAACGUGCACUCUGUUCUCAACGUCCUCCACUCUCUGGUGGACAAGUCCAAUAUAAACAGACAGCUGGAAGUCUAUACCAGUGGAGGAGACCCGGACAGUGUGGCGGGGGAGUUUGGUCGCCACUCUCUGUACAAGAUGCUGGGUUACUUCAGUCUGAUUGGGCUGCUGAGGCUUCACUCUCUCCUGGGUGACUACUACCAGGCCCUUAAAGUACUGGAGAAUAUUGACUUCAAUAAGAAG